GCAGAGAGAACUUUGCUAAUCAGAAAACCACGAAUAUACACACCAUAAAUGCGGUGUGAGCAAACGUGGCUUCAUUCAGUACUUCUAACUACUCGAGGAAGCAGCAAAUUAUUUUUCUGUGUGUGAUUCAGAUCAUAUACGUUUGUUCUGAGAACUACUACGUUCAGCCAUAGAAGGACAAAGCCAAGGGAUAAUUUUGAAGAUGAGAGUCAGCCUGGUGUUAUCCGCUCUUCUCUGCUUCACCACAUGGAUGAGCAUGGUCCACGCAACCCAUGGACCAGUGUCAGACUGUUGUAUCGGGUGGUCCAACACCAGAGUCCAACUUGACCGAAUUGUGAAUUAUACCGUUCAGUCUGAAGGCGUCUGUCCAAUCACAGCCAUAAAAUUUCACACAAAGCUUGGAAAGACACUUUGCUCCGACCCGAGCAGUCCCUGGGCAAAAAGAGCCAUUAAGAAGGUGGACGGGGAAAAAAAAAAAAGUGGAUUGCAAGAGUUGGGACAAAAUGAAGACAGAACAACAAGGGACAUUACACCAGCAAUGUCCACCACAUCAAAAAAGGCACCACAGAAGAAAGGUAGAAAUGGAAGGAGACGACUGAGGAAAAGGUCCAGGAAAGGGAAGAAGUUGCUGAGCAAACGUAUCUGAGGAAUUACAAGACAAAUAAAAGCUACCAAAUAUUACUGUUUCCUAUUGGACUUGUCCCGCUAUAUUGCAUCAAUAGUAAACAAACCCAAAGCAAACAAGCUUUAUAUAUUAUUGUACUGAUGAUUAAAUAUUCAAUAUAUAUUUAAAAUAUAUGUUAACCGUAACUUGUUGUCAAAAUGUGUGUAUUUCAAUCAAAGAGCAAAGAUGUUGACCUUUUUCAUUUAGUUGCCAAUAAAAUGUUUUUG